AAGUAUGCAUUGAUUUUUCUAUUCGGUGAAAAUUUUUUCAUUGCUCAGAUUUUUAUUCUAGUGUCCGGCUGGUUUUCGGAAAUGGGUCAACCACGAAGUAGCAGCCGAACUCCGCCCCGUAGCUACCGGAAGUCAAAUAAAACGUCUUCUCAUCACAGUCGCCGCCGCAGUCGGAAACAUGGAAGAAGCUCCCGUCGCUACCGAAGCAUCAGUAGUCGAAGUACGUUAAGCCACAGCUCAAUAUCCGAUUGUUCGUCUUGUGUGACGCCAGAUCGAACUCGUCCUGUGAACCCACCGCCGAGUACUUGUUUGGGAGUGUUUGGGUUGAGUUGCUACACUCGUGAGUCGGAUUUGAUGAAUAUCUUUAGUCGUUACGGAGCGAUCGAUAAAGUAGUAGUCGUGUACGAUGCUCAAACGAAGGCUUCCAGAGGGUUUGGAUUCGUUUACUUCCAGGAUAUAGAGGGAGCCUCGAUUGCUAAGGCACAGUGUAAUGGCAUGAUGGUGCACGAGAAAACUAUCCGUGUUGAUUAUUCCAUUACCGAUCGUCCACACACUCCGACACCAGGAAUGUACAUGGGCAACAAAGAUUCCAGGAAGAGACACCACCGAACCGUUCACCGCUAUCGGGGUAGAAGUUAUGAUGACGAUUACUACUAUAAACAUUCAAGGCGCUCACCGCGGCGUCACAGCACGAGAUACCGUCGUCAUCGUCGUCGUAAUUCAUCCCGUUCGCGCAGCCGCUCUUGGUCAUGCUCUACCAGUGAUUCACAUCGCUCCUAUCGAUGUUCUCGUCGCUGAUGGGAUCUGAAAUUAUAUUUGCCAUCAUCACAUCAUUAUGCGGACAAUAAUUAACCAAAUAGCAAUUUUAGUCAUUAUAUUAUAGUGAAUUGCAAUUGUUUUCUCGUUAAAUACAUUGAAGACUUUAACAAUA